UAGAUGAAGAAUAAUAGUUGCGCGCGCAGACCUUCUUAUCAGACGCAUAUGUUGUUGUUUCUUGGCUCGUCAAUUGCUGGCACAGUGCUGUCACUCACAUACGCUUUGGCGAUUGUUACUUAGUGUAGGUGGUCGUCGAAGAGGGAUCAAGCAAAGAUGGAUGGCGUGUAAAUGGAAGAUGGGUGGGAGGCCCCGGCCCCGUCCGUCUCUCUCAUUCGUGUACGAGUGUGAUUGCGAUACGCCGAUGAGCGGGUAGAGUGCGCGUUGCUGCCGUGUCGUGAUCGUCGUCGAUAUCAACGGUGGCAGUCUAUUGUCCGUGGUGCUCGUUUAUCGGUGUUUCAAUAUGGCGUGCGUACUGUCUGUGCCAUUAGCAUGCAGGUAGAUUGUCUGUCAAACUUAAGGAAAUAUGUCUCUACGUUAACAGCAGACAUGCGGUUGACGUAUAACAAAAAGUUCCAAGGAUGAGUUCCUAAAAAUGUACAAUGAACUACAGUCGAAAUAUGCCAGACUGGCAGCAAUAUAGUACAUUGCAGUCUGGCGAGAGUGAUAGGCAAUCAGUGAAUAAUGCUUCUGCCGUUCAACAGCAACAACAGCAGCAGCAAAAUGUGCAAUCGAGCGCCAGCAACGGUACCAGCGGCAAUGGCCAUCUAUUUAGUCUGGAUUGUGUAAACAAGUCUCAGAAUGAGACAGGUGGUUUCUAUGGCCGGACGACAGCUAGCAACUCCCAGCAAUCGACGAAUUCAACACUGGGCCAGAGUCAUGCUCCACCACCACAACCACAGUCCACAAUGGUUCAUCACUUGUCCAGCUGUGUAGGGCACAACUAUGGUACAGGAAUAAAUGUCAUGGAAGAUGGGAGAUUGGCUUCUGUUAUGGGUGAAGACAUGCAACAACAGCAGCAGCAGCAACAACAACAGCAGCAGUCUCCGCAACAACAGCAACAACGCCACAACCACCACCACCACCAACAAAGAAACGUACAAAUGUCACUAAAUAGUUCAACGUCGAGGAUGUCUUCUGCAGGUAUUAAUGUAAACAAUGGUAUAGGUGGUUUGGGUCCAAUAAUGCCUGGUCCCCCACCUCCACCAACAAGUGCCAUAAGUGGUACUAGGCAAACAACGUAUACCUCUUGCAAAGGCGCUUGCUGCCAAACUACUAAUAUUGGCUACAGAUGGGAUAAGAUGAAUCCCUAUCAGCCAGGAAAUUCUUAUCGCGAUAGUAUCCAUCCAUCUGUGACUUCCUUUACCUCCAUGGAUGGCAGGUCGACGCGCUUUCGCAAUGAAAUAUAUCGAAAGGAAACUAUGACCGCUACCGGUUUUACUCUUGACCAGCAACAUCAGCAACAACAACAGCAUCAGCAUCAGCAGCAGCAUCACCACCAUCACCAUCAUAGGUAUCGCAAGGACGCUGGACAGAUAACGAGGAGCUAUAAUCAAGCAUCCCCCACUUCGGUUCUACCUCCGAAUUAUCCGGGAAUGCAGAACUAUGGUUUUCCCACGGCUGAAUAUCAAAAAUAUUAUGGUGGGAUUAAGGAAUAUAAUAGAGGGGUUGGUUCAACUCAGGCAACAACACCGAGCAUGAUGAAAUAUUCGGAUCCGAAUCUGGCUGUCGCCAUGCAGGAAAAAUAUCUUCCAAAGCAAGCACAGUACCAAGUGACUAACGGCACAAUGGUGCAGAAUGGAGUUAUUAUGCCAAAUUCCGCAAACAUGACCGCAAGCAUGACCAAUCCGUACUUUAAUCCACAAUUAGCGAGGGACUUAUCAAGUGAAUUUCCAUGUAAGACCUCAGAUUCAAAGGAUCAAGAAGGUCGUUUGGGUCCGCUUUCAAUAUCUUUGCAAUCCAAACAUCUGUAUCAACAGAAAUUUGCGAUGCAGAGGUUGAACAUUGAGAAUCAUCUGCGCGAGUUUUCGCGCAUUCCUGGCUACCAAAAUCAUCCAAAAUAUCAGGAAUACCUUAUGAAAUAUCGAGAAUCCAUGAGACUACAACAGAGUAUAGAUUAUCAAAGUAAUAUGCAGUCCAGUAUGAAUACACAGGUACAAGCUCCGCCACUUUCGAUGCCACCAAUUAAUUUGCAAUUCGAUCAGAAUGGCAUAUUAAUCAACUCGAGUCUUAUUCCCGGGUACAAUCCAAAUUUGCAGACAACGAUACCUACAAUGCCGAAUUCAUUGAGUUCUGAAAAGGAUUCCAGUGCAAUUUCAUAUGAUGGCAAAGCAAUGCAAGCAAUGGAACAUGUGCUGACAUGCGUUGGACAGCAGUCUCAGCAACAACAGCAGCAACAGCAUCAUCAUCAUCAUCAUCAUCAGAUGACACCUACAACGACAGGGUCACACCCAAUUAUGCAAUCCAGUUCAGAACAACAUCAACACCAACAUUAUCUUACGCAGCGCAAUCUUGAAGAGUAUCAAACAGUGCAUCUUCAUCAUCACCAACAACAUCAACAGCUACAACAACAGCAGCAGCAACAGCAGCAGCAACAACAGCAGCAGCAACAGCACAAUCGUAAGCAACAACAGCAUCAGCUCAAUGACGAGAUGGCGAUUGUAUGUUCAGAUGUCCAUCAGCAACAAAAACCCAGUAAAGAUUUUGCAGAUAAACCUGAGCUGGAUGUAAGACAAUUUCUUGCUAACUGGGAUGAAACAGAGGAAGAGGAUAGCAUAAAUGGAAACUUGCAAAACGUCAUAUUAACAGAAAACACUCCAAUUGUUGUACUCGAAUAUGAAAAUCUGAAUUUGUCUACCGACAAUUUGACUACUCAAGCGAUUUGCGUUUCAACGGAAAAAGAGAGCGCAAGUUCAUCAACUGUUUCUUUGUCCGUACCACCAUUCAAGUCUACCGACAUGGAUGAGACGACCAGUACAAACCUUAUCAGUUCAUCUUCAAGGAAUAUCAGUGAGAAGCAAAUACCAACAACAGUCAAUAUAAUAAGGUGUAUUACAAGUGCUGCAGUCAACUGCGACGAUGUGCCUACUAUUCAUAUAGUGGACACCUUGGAAAACGAAGCAGUCGUAAAAAAAAUCGAAGGCGCUUUCCACAACCUUAAUCCUGCUGACAUCAGAAGCAUUGAGGAACUGGUAAAUAAGAGCGGCACUAGUAAUUCUAUCAAUAAGGAGGAGAAGAUAUCGCUUUCGUUUCUCAAUGCGGCGACAAUACUGCAAACUAAAGAGAUUGACCAGAAAAAAACAGAGGAGCCUAGCAACGGUAAUGGUAUAUUUAGUGAAGCCAAGUUAAAAAUAUUACUGGAUAUACCGAGUGAGCUAAAUGACGAUACUCAGCCAACGAUUGGUGGGAAAAAAGAUACAGAAACUGAAAAAGGCAAUUUAAAUCUUGGCAAUACUGCUUUCGUGAGCGAAGAUACGCGAAAUCACGAUGAUCUUAGUUUACCUGAACUGCCGACCUCGGAAUGCACACCAAUUUCUACGACCCUUAACACUCCAAAUCAUUCGGACAAUGAGGAAUCAUCGGAGCGCGUGCAUGCUCUGAGUAUAUCCAAUAACUCUAUAGAAAUAAUGCCAAGCAGUCCCAUAAUUAGCUUUGCCCAUUCGCCUAUUAAAUUUCGUAAAACCUCCACAAGCGAUGAACUGCAAUUCGAUUUUCAGAAUUCAAAUGAGGAAUCCAGUAAUUCUGUUUUAAAGAACAGUAGUGGUAGCCUCCAGAAUAUUACUAAAGAUAUGACUGAUAAAGAUAUCCAAGAUGAGAAAUCCAAAAUGCAGAUGGAUAAAAAUAUAAUUAAAUCUUUAACAAAUGACAAUAAAUCUCAAGAUCAGCUAUGUAGCUCGGCAGUGGGCUCAACCGUUUUUGAAUUUUCUGAAUUUUCAAAUUCGUCAACAUUACCAAUUGGCGAAGAGCCAAAAAUACCAAUACCGCCUAUGGAAGGCAAUUACUUAACAAAUAUUAUUAAAGAUACCCCUCCGAUAACGAAUUUACGAGUUUUGGAUUCAGACGAUGAUCUCGUCGAUAAAGUUAAUGACAUUUGGAUGGACAUAAAUCUAGAUAGGAGUCUCAGUGGUAAUAGUAUCAAUAGUGGAGUUGGAAAACUUAUCAUUAGUGAAGAAAAGCAGUUGCAAAAUGAGAAGAUUGGAAAAGUACAAAAAAUGAGUUUAAGACAUUUUCGUAAAAACAAAAAUGGUAUUCAUGUUAAUACAGAGAAGCCUUUAAUGAUACAAAAACAAAUUGAGACAAUAAUUGCUACGGAAAUAGUAAAUAAAAAAAAUAAUGACAAGACUAAUAUUGGUCUAAAGUCAUUAUAUAAAGAAAAGGAAAGUCGUAAAUCUCUAGAUAUAAUCUCAAAAAAAGUUAGUUCUAAUAAACCUAAAAUAAGAGCAAAAUCGGUCGAAUUGGAUAAAAAUACCGAUCAUGACCAGAAUGAGCUAUUAAAAGAAUUUAAAAAUUUAAAAAGAAAACGAAGCAUUGGUCAUAUACAAGAUGAAAUUGAAAUGCUGAAAUCAAGCAUUGAUGAACUUAGAAACUUAAAAAAUAACAACAAUGAUAAAAAAGAGAUGAUUAACAGUAAUUUAUGCACUGCUACUGGUUCAAAAGAAGCUAUAAAAAUUGAAAUAAAUGUUUCUAGAAUAGAAAGUCAAUAUUCUUAUGAUAAUGAAGUUAUCAAUAAAUCUAAUCAGCACUUAAAUAUUUCACUACCAUCACCUAGCCAAUUAAAUUAUAAAGUGGACUGUAAAUCCACGAAAUCAACAUUAAUGGAGAAAACUGAAACCGAAAGGGAAAAAAGUAUAGAUGUAAAAGAUAGUCAGUAUUUUCUUGAAGUAAGUAACAUAACUGACAAUAGUGAGAAAAAAGAAACUGAAAAUGAUAAUGAAUUGUUAAGAAAAUUUGAGAAGAAGGAAUCUGAUAUCGAAAAUGCACUUAAGAAGCUUGAAGAGUGUCGUCGUGAUAGUUUUAUGUUAAAAGACGAAUGUUUCAAAAAUAAAUGUUUCUCGGAGAUGCCAAUACCAGGCUGCUCCAAAGACCUUGAUUUUGACAAUUUUGAUGUCGAACCUUUCGAUGAUAAGUCUGAUGAUUACUUUAAAGAUUUACUUAUCUCUACCGACAGCAAAAAUCAUUAUCAUAAUCAUAAUAGUAUCACUGGAAAAACCGUAGGAUAUUUUAAUCCCCUUUUUCAUCUUGAUGAACUUGAGAAUUUGAAUACUGUCCCUGUAUACACAACGAAAGAUGGGAAAAUAACCUAUAGUCCAAACCCAAAUUAUACAUACAGAUCACUAAUAAUAGAGGCAAGACAACGAGAAGGUCAUCUUUUAUUUAGAAAUUUCUAUGAUAACAAAGUUGGUCUUGAUAAAAAGAGUAAACAUUUUAAUUCAGCAAAGUUACAGGAUGAAGUAUCGAAGUUUGAUUAUAAUAAAAAAUAUGGAAAGCCUUCUUAUCAUAAGUAUAAAUCUGAUAGUAAGAAAGAGCGAUAUAGUGAUGAAUGUUGUUUAUUGAGUUUUGAAAAUUGUGCAGUAAAUGACAAUCUUAUAGUUUCUGACAAGGAAAUAGUUGAUGAAAUCGAAGAAUUAAAAAUUAAUACAGAACGGAAAGAAAUGGUUCAUGAAUCGAAAGGGUUGAAUAUGUUAAAAUUAAAUCCAAGUAAUUCACCGAAAAAUUUAUCAAAAAUAGAUAAUAACUCUAUAGAAAAUUCGCCAAUAGUUACUAAUAUAAAAAUAGAACAAGCUGUGAUAUCAGAAGCUAUUGAAUCAAUAAAUACAAAAAUUCAAACGGAUAAAUCUAGAAUAAAAGAAGCUUCCAAGCCUAAUGAUUUGAAGAUAACAACAAAUAAUACAGAAAUAUCAGAAGCUAUUGAAUCUAUUAAAACAAACAUAUUAAAAAAAUCUGAAAAAAUAGAUGAUAAUACCUUUUGUGACAUUAAAACAAUGGAAGUACAGCCUCUCGAUUCAAGUAAAAUAGAAAUACAAACAGUAGAAUCAACAGAAUUAAUAAAAACAGAAAUUCAAUUUUUAGAGCCUAUGAAACCAAAUAAUAUUGAAGCAAGGCUGUAUAACAGUAUUGAAUCAUGUAAAGUGGAUGAAACUAAUAUGAAUGCCAAAAUUUCUUUUGAUUUGAAUGAAAAGAAAGACAAAAUUACUGAUAAAGAAGUUAGGAUUUUAAAUAAGGAAACAAAUAAUAAAACUUUUGGCGUAGAAACUCUACUUAGCCUUCCUUGUUCAAUCAAUAAAAACAGUUUUUCAUUUGAAUUAUGUGAUCGUUUUAUUAAACAAGAGAAGUUGUAUGCUUCUCGUGCCGAUGCUAUUGCAAAGACUAUUCCAAAACUCGUAAUUCGCAAAAGUGAUACAAAUCCCAAAAUUUUUUCGAAAGCAAAAUCUAUGGAUUGUAGCCAAAUUGACUCGAAAAAAGAUAUACAGGAGGCUAUAAAAAAUCCCGUGCAUCCAAAAAUACCGAAGAUGAUUAUUAGAAAUGCAAGAUCUCGACCUACUACUCCAAGCAUUGAAGAAAUUUCGGAAAUUUCGUGUUUAUCAUUCACCGAAAGUGAGCCAAAGACGCUAAAGGUAAAAAUUAAACUUGAUGAUAAAAAUGAUCAUGUAGGAUACAGGUCACACAAUUCAUGUGAUUCUAUAGAAGCGAAGAUACCGAAGAUGAAAAUAAAACUUGAAGAGAAAUUGCCCCGGGUCGUGAUAGAAAAUAUUGAUUUGAAUAGCAUUGAUCAACAAAAGACUAUACCAAAGAUGAAAAUAACCAAUGUUAAAGGUUCUUUACCAAAGAUAAUGGAAAAACAAUGUAUGAUAGAAGAUGAUAGGCUAGAUUCAAAUUUAUCUGUUCUGGAUAAUGAUGGUAUUAAAAUUAGGGAGAAAAAUAGUACUAAAAUAAAAAUAAAAAGAAGUUCACCAUUAUACUUAUCAACUUCAGAAUUAUCUCAAAAAAAAAGCAGUUCAAAUAUUUCAUCGCAGUCCAAAAAAAUCAAACGUUCACCAAAAGAAGAAGUAUACCUAGAUCCUAAUUUAGAAGAUACACAAUUUUUGUUAGAGAAUGAAUACAAACAAAAAAAUAAUACUAAUACCUGUUGUAAUAACAUAUCAACAAAAAUACCGAAAGUAAUAAUAAAAAGAACAUCACCUAGUGCCGAAUUUAAGUGUGAAUUGAGCAAAGAAGCCAUCGUUAAUGCACAGCCUCAGGUUGUGUUGAGAAGGUCAUGGGUGCUAGAUUGUAUGGCCAAAGAUUUAAGACAUAUGAAGCUUGUUGUGAAAGUUGCAUCAUCCAAAGAAGAAAAUAAACACGACAACAAAUUAGAAUCCAAUGAAUUGCAAUGGGAAAGAUUUAUUUCUGGUUUGAAAAAGCGUCGUGAACUAUCUCGAUCUAAUUCUACAUCUGAUUUGAAUCGCUUAUCUCCACUGAAGAUAAAACGUCGUAGAACAUCAGACUAUACAAUUAGUACUUUUGAUCACUCAAAUUCAGAUUCUAGCACCACAUUUGAUUUUACGAAAAAGUUAGAUGAAGAAACAAAAAUGAUAAAUAUAAUGCGUAGAGCUUCUUUAAAUUUAGCAUCCGACAUUCAUUCUUUUGGCAAUGUUAAAACAUAUUGGAAAUCAUUGGAUGAAAAUAUGAACAGUAAGACUAGAAUGGAUUUUGAAAAUGGAAACAGAUUGUACAUUGAUGAUAGACCGAAACUUCUCAUGAAUAACAAGAAACUGGAGACUAUUACAGAAACGAGUGACUCAUAUAGUUCUGAAUUUCUUGACUUAAAAGAUAAAUCACUCAAUGAACUAAGUCUGAGUAAUUUAGAUGAUAUACAAAUGUCGGAAGAAAAUAAUGAGCUUCUAGAUAAAGAUGUAGAUGUACGUGAGGAAGAAAUUGAUGGUACAUUAGAUGAUUUUGAGACUAAUGAAAGUUCAAUUAUUAAAGUUGAAUCUUCAGAUGAAAGUCAAACAACAAUUGAAAUACUACCAGUUUCACCAGAUCUGAGUCAAGAGAUAGACAAUCACCAACAAAAACAUAUAAUUGAAGAGGAGCGAAUUUAUGAGGACGGUAUGCCAGUGCACUUUGAUUAUGAGUUGGAGGUAGGCGAUGGAGCAAUCGAUCCGUUAGAGGUUCCUAUGCCUUCAGAGAUUGAAAUUAAUAAAAAAGUAAAUUCGAUCGAAAAUAAGCAGAUAUCCAGUACAUUAAUACAAGAGCAAUUAGUAGUAGAAGAUACAUCAGGUACACCGUUUAAUGAAGAAAUCCACCUCAUUAACACUGAUUCAGAUAUUGUCAACAAUCCUUUUUCUAAAUCUGAAACGUCAGAUUCUUGUAGAGACAAUGGUUUACCAGUCUUAGGAUUGAAUGGCGAUAUUACCAAUAAUACAAAUUUAUUGUGUAAUUCCUGUGAAAUGAUACCCCAAGAAGAAGACGAAGAAAAUUCAAAAUUUAUUAAUGGUAGUGCACCUUGUUCCUAUUCCGAUUUACUAGUCAGAAAGGUACUUGCCGCUAAAGAAACACUUAAAAAAUACCUUGUAUAA